GUCGCGGACAGUUGUUUUCGACAUGUUCACGAGUACGCAUCUCUCCACUCGUAGUCAGACCGAUCAGUUGCGAAAUCCAAACUACAAAGAGGAUAUCAUUUACGUGACGAAACACAAUAAAUGGGUUUUGAAUUCCAUUGGGAUUUGGCCGGCUAUGGUGGAGGGUAUCGGCAAAUUUUUACCAAAAAUCGCAAUCGGACUAAGUAAUUUAAUAUUGUUUUUCACCUUGGUGCAGUGUGUGCUACACAUUGUAUUGGAGCAAAAAGAUCCUUUGCUAAGACUAAAGAUUCUGGGCUUAACAUGCUUUUCUUUUAUCUCCCUGAUGAAAUAUUGGGCUCUGACAAUACGCAAACCGAAAAUCGAAUAUUGUAUCGAACAGUUAUAUGCUGAUUGGAAACAGAUAGAAUACCAAAGAGAUCGCAAGUUAAUGCUAAAAUAUGGGAAGAUUGGACGAAGACUGACCGUGUACAGUGCUGUGUUUAUGUACAGCGGUGGCAUAAUCUAUCACACGGCCAUGCAAUAUGCGAUCGGAUCGUACGUCGAUGAAUUUAAUCGUACGAUCAAAUUACUGGUAUAUCCUACGUACAGUGGUCUUUACGACGUUCAAAAAAGUCCCGUUUAUGAACUCGUGUACAUUCUCCAAUGCAUGUGCGGGUAUGUGUUUGACACUGUGACAGUUGGAGCUUGUGGACUGGCUGCACUUUUCGCAACACACACCUGUGGACAGAUUGACGUCAUUAUGUCUCGACUGAAUGAUUUGAUUGAUGGAAAAUUUUCCAAGGAAAAUUCUAAUACGAGCGUUCGACUGAUGGAAAUCGUUGAACAUCAUAUAAGAACUUUAAAAUUCUCUGCGAUGGUUGAGACGGUUCUUCAAGAAGUGUGCUUUUUAGAAUUCAUUGGAACAACGUUUGUAAUGUGCUUGCUCGAAUACUAUUGCAUAACGGACUGGCAACAGAAUAAUAAAAUUGGUCUGACAACAUAUUCGUUAUUGUUAAUAUCCUUGACGUUCAAUAUGUUUUUACUAUGUUACAUUGGUGAUCUGCUAAUUGAAAAGAGUACUAACGUUGGAAUAUCCUGUUGCAUGAUAGAUUGGUACCGCUUACCAGCCAAGUCGGUGCAAGACCUCGUUUUGAUCAUCGCAAUGUCAAGUAAUCCGGCAAAAAUUAGCGCCGGUAGAAUAGUUAAUUUAUCCUUGUCUACAUUCGCAAGUGUAAUUUUUUACAAAUAUUCUAACUAUUCAAAAUUGAUGUCAGCUAUUUAUCUGCUGACAAUUAAAUGUAACUCUAUCUUUACAGGUUCUAAAGACGUCAUUCGCGUACUUAAAUUUCCUCCGAACUGCCCUUGUGUAGUAAUUUAAUAAUUGUUCAAUUUCCCAAUAUUUAAGCGUAGAAUGAUAAAUAAACAAUUAUAUCGUAAAAGUA